AUGGACACCUUCUGGAGCACCAUUCUUCGUUGCAUUAUCACUGUCUCUUCUCUGCUCACUCAUUUAUCGCGAGGAGACCAAAACAAGAACCUCACCACCUACUGCUUGAACCAAAUCCGCUCCCUUCUCCUCAGCCAGGAAUCUUCGCUUCACAUUAUUUCCCGCGUAAUUUUCUUCGCCUUCUUUUCCCUCCAGACCAACAUAGCGAUUCUCAAGAGCGUCAAGCAGGUCCGCGAAGCCGUUCUCCGCGGUUUAUCGAGCGAUUCUACGAUGGAAAUCGAUUUCUCGUACGACGCCAAUUUGCAAAAAAUCGUGGCGAAUUUGGUCAACAUGAGCGACCUUCUCGGCUUUUUCCCCGACCUCCAGCAGCUCUACUUCCGUUCUGUGCAGACUUUUUACAAUAUGUUCGCGUACGAAUUGCUGUGCAAGUCCGAAAUCGCGACGUUUCUUUCCUACGUGACGCAAAUCGUCCGGAUUGAGCAACAAAUUUUGGAGGGUUUUUUCGGGAAUCGCGGUUCUGAGCAGAUAAAAGCGGAGACGCUUCUGGGGUGUUUGAAACUGUACGGAAGCGAAGUGUUAGAGAAGGGAAUGCAGAAAUUGGUGGAUGAAUCGGAUUUCCAGAAUUUGGGGGUUCUUUAUGAGUACUUUGAAAUCGUGGGGGAGGUGGAUUUGCUGAAGAAGGCGGUGUGUGGCGUGAUCGAGUCGAAAAAGGAGCUUAUUUUUGGCAGUUAUUCGGUGAAGGAAAUCGUGGAGUUGAUCCGAAUCAAUGAGGAAUGUUUUGGAAAGGAUCAGGCGAUCGCGUUGGAAUUGCAAACAACGUGGAUGAAUUUGGUGAAUCAACAGAGCGAUAAGUGA